UGAAAAAGCAGAUACUGUUCCUGGAUAUGAUUUCUUGGUGAAUUCAGUGUGGCCAGAAAUCGUACGAGGUUUAGAAGAGAAAUUGCCAUCCCUGUUUAACCCUGGAAACCCAGAUGUGUUUCAUGAGAAGUACACUACGAGUAUGGAUUUCGUAAGAAAGUUUGAACGCCAGUGUGGUUCCCAGGCCAGUGUGAAACGGUUAAGGUCUCAUCCCUCUUAUCACAACUUUAACAACAAAUGGAAUUUGCCUGUGUAUUUUCAAAUAAGAUUCAGAGAAAUAGCAGGGGCCUUAGAAGAAGCACUUUCAGAUACACUAGAGGAAGCACCAGCCGGCAGCUCAUACUGUCUUUUGGCCACUCACAUGGUCUGGAUGAGCCUUCUGAAGUGCUGGUCAGAUCAGAUGUUUUUACCGUUAUUAGCACACCGUCUCUGGAAACUCAGCCUGCAGAUUUUGGCACGCUACUCUGUGUUUGUCACUGAGGUUUCUCUAAGGCCCAUUUCCAGUGAGAAUAUGAAGGAAAGCAAAAAACCUGUGCCAGUAGGUAGAAAGGAACCUUCUGUAAGCCUCAGCCCUAGUGAAGACCAAGGGAAUGGGUCUUCUCCAGAAAGUCAGCCAUUGUCUUCUAUAUCUAGUACUCAGCUGGUGUAUGUUGCUGCAGAUCUGGACAAACUCCAGGAUCAGAUUCCUGACAUCUUGGACAUGAUUAAACCAAAGCUUGAAAUGAUUGGCUUCAAGAAUGUUUCUUGUAUUGCAGGAGCCUUGGAAGACUCAAAGGCUUCUCUGUCAGCCUGCAUGCCUACCUUGAAUAACAGGAUUAUCCAGGAUCUCAGUGAGUCCUCCUUCACGUACCUGAAGAGUGCAUUGGAAGUUCCAAGAUUGUAUAGGAGAACCAACAAGGAGGUGCCAACUAAAGCUUCACCUUAUGUUGACAGUGCUCUUAAGCCCUUCUACCGACUUCAGAACGAAUACAAAGAUACCUUGAAGCAGUCCAUGGUUCAUCAGUGGUUGGAAGGUGCUCUCUCUGAAAGCACACAAAGGUAUUAUGAAACUGUAUCUGAUGUGCUCAGUUCUGUUAAGAAAAUGGAAGAGAGCCUAAAAAGGCUGAAGCAAGCCAGAAGAACUGCAACUUCAAACCCUGUUGGUACAAAUGGGGGCAUGAGUGAUGAUAACAAAAUCCGACUGCAGCUGGCCCUAGACGUUGAGUAUUUUAGAGAACAAAUACGAAAGAUGGGACUGGAAACAAGCAGUAUAAAAAGCUUUUCAGCUCUGACAGAGCUGGUUCUAACUGCCAAGGAUCAGGCUACAGCAGAACAAUCCUAGAUACUUUUGAAAGCAUGUGAUUGAAGAUGAGCAAUGGCCCUAAAAGGAAGAGAGAAGUUAACUCUUCCUUAUUUUACCAAAUAAGUAUCAAUUAAGUGCUUCCUAAUGUGUCUCAAGCAACAAAUCAGUGUAUCUUCUGUCAAGAUAGGCUCGUUUCACCAAGAGACUGAGAAUUUACCAUUGUUUUCCAUUAUAUGGAAAGCAACCAAAAGUUCUAAAAUUUCUACUAUAGAUAAAAGUAGAAGAAAAUGUUUUUCUUAUUUUUGUUGUACAACUUACGAUGUAGAAGAAUGAAAUUAUAUGUUGAAAAUACUAUGUAAUAAAUUGUCUUCCUAA